AUGUCUAAUUUAAAGUCUGCUGAUUUAGAAAAAUUCCUCGAGAAUUUAACUCAAGCCAUUGGGAAAUUUGAACAAUUGGGGAAAGCCAUUGACUCCAAUGUAACUGGUGCUGCCUCAUCUGAUAAUGAAGAAGUUGAAACUCCAGCCUCAACUAGAAGAAAUAGUGGCAAUGCAAGUUCAAUUGAGAAAUAUUCUGAUUCAUUCUAUGAAAAAUAUGCUGAUGAAUAUAUUUCAUUCACUAUUAACAAUCCAACCAUUUAUCAUGUCGUCAAUUAUUUCAUUGAAAAAUUAGAAGCUAAGGGUUUCACUUUUAUAAAUGAAAAGGAUUCAUGGGAAGAUUUAACUCCUGGUAAAUAUGUCACCAUUAGAAAUGGUUCUUCAUUAAUUGCUUUUGUGGUUGGUAAAGAUUGGGAUGCUUCUAAAGGGGUUGGAGUUAUUGGUUCUCAUAUUGAUUCUCUUACCGUUAUUUUAAAACCAAAUUCUACUAAAACUAAAGUUGAUGGUUAUGAAUUAUUAGGAGUUGCUCCAUAUGGUGGGACUUUAGAAAGUGUAUGGUGGGAUAGAGAUUUAGGUGUUGGUGGUAGAUUAUUAGUUAAAGAUUCAAAGACUGGGAAAGUUGUACCAAAAUUAGUUGAUUCAUCCCCAAAUCCAAUUGCUCAUAUUCCAACUUUAGCUCCUCAUUUCGGUGCUCCAGCUAUUGGACCAUUUAAUAAAGAAACGCAAGCUGUUCCUGUUGUUGGAUUUUCUACUGAAGAACCAGCCGAAGCAACUGAAGAAGAAAAAGCAUCUCCAUUGUACGGUAAACAUUCGAUUAGUUUAAUCAGAUAUAUUUCAAAGAUUGCUGGAGUUAAAGCUUCUGAUAUUGUUCAAUGGGAUUUACAAUUAUAUGAUGUUCAUCAUGCUACUAAAGGUGGUUUGAAUAAUGAAUUUAUUUUUGCUCCAAGAGUUGAUGAUAGAGUUUGUUCAUUUGCUGCUAUCUAUGGAUUAUUAGAAGCUGAUACUGAUUCAUUAUUAGAAUCGGAUGGAUUUUCUAUUGUUGGAUUAUUUGAUAAUGAAGAAAUUGGAUCAGCUACAAGACAAGGUAUUAAAGGGGGAUUAAUUGAACUGACAGUUAGUAGAAUUUUAGCUUCCAAUUAUUUUAAUCCAAGUAAUUCAGAUAUUCAAGAACAAAUCAGAUUAACUUAUGCUAAUACUAUUAUUUUAUCUGCUGAUGUGAAUCAUUUAUUUAAUCCAAAUUUCAGUCUGGUUUAUUUAGAACAUCAUAAACCAUUACCAAAUAAAGGUAUUUCAAUUGCGUUGGAUCCAAAUGGUCACAUGGCAACAGAUUCUACUGGGUUAGCAUUGGUUGAAGAAUUAGCUAAAAUCAAUAAUGAUGAAUUACAAUAUUUCCAAAUUAGAAAUGAUUCAAGAUCAGGUGGAACCAUUGGUCCAUCAAUCUCAUUACAAACUGGUGCCAGAACUAUUGAUUUAGGUAUCCCUCAAUUAUCUAUGCAUUCCAUCAGAGCAACUGUUGGUACUAAAGAUAUUGGAUUAGGUAUCAAAUUCUUUACUGGAUUCUUUGCUAAUUGGAGAAAGACUUAUGAUAGUUAUACUGAUUUAUAA